CCACUCGUCGGCGGUGAGCUCGUGGGCACGGAGUGGUGGUCAGUGCGUUUAUCUAGCGAGUACUCCGGUUUUAACCUCUUGUGGUCGCUUCAGCCUGGAUUGCCCGACAUGUAAGCCUCAGAUGCUUGCUUCAACGAAUAUUGUGACGUUAUUUGCUUCUAUCCGCCCUAAAUCUUACAAACUUCAGCCAUAAAGGAAUCGCUGACUUUCUGCCCGUCACCUAGUGUACAAUGUUAGUCCUUGGUUAAACUUCAAAGUUCAACUUCAUCAUUUUUGUAGAGAGUGGGAUACUGUAAACCGGAACUGCUGACAGAAGUGAAAGUAUUGCGUAAUAAUACUUUCUAGCUUUGAUUAAUGAUUGACAAGGAUUUUAAAAGGACGCGGUCUCUGUCUCUGGAUAUUUUUACCAUUGUAUAACUUUUCGGGUGUGUAUACAUAGAAUUUUAUGUUCUUCUACAAGUCUUGGUAUCUAUCUAUCAAGUUCACAUCGAUCUGUUGAUACCGGAGCUUCAUUUCUCCAUCCGUGUUACAGGCCUUGCUCGUAACGAAAUGGCGACAGAUUAUUACCGCCACACUAACUUAUCUCAACCGUACCAACUCUCCAGCGUCAACGACAGUGCUUCAAGCGAAUGGAACUAUGAUGACUAUAUCCAAGAAAUUUACGAUCAAACUCGAAAGCGAGUCUAUCCUGAAAUUCACGAAUACUUUCUGAUUGCGAUUUAUAUCAUCAUCUUCUUCGUCGCGAUCAUGGGGAAUACCAUGGUGUGUAUCGCGAUACUCAAGAACGAUCACAUGAGAACGGUUACUAACUAUUACAUAAUGAACUUGGCUACCACCGAUAUUUUGAUCGCUUUCGUAUGUCUACCGAUCACAAUCACAGUGGAUGUAUCAGAGUCAUGGUUCUUUGGUAGAACGGCUUGCUAUCUGAUUCCUUAUUUUCAGCUUGUGUUAGUAUGCGCAUCGAUCUACACAUUGAUGAUGAUAGCUGUGGAUAGGUACCUUGCCAUCUGCCAUCCUCUCAAGUUCCAGAUUCGAGCCUCACGAACCCUCCUCACCAUCGCUCUCGUAUGGGUGGUCUCAUUCUUCAUUGCCCUACCCGUAGCAGUGGUCAACGAUCUCGAGCCCCAAGCAGCAUCCGUGCACAUCGGAAAACCUCUUUGGCGUAUGUCGUGUACAGAGAAUCGCUGGGUAGGCAAGGUCUGGGAGAAGCUCUACCACACUGCGUUCUUCUUGGCCGUCUACAUCGUUCCUCUAGCAGUGAUUGGGGUCGCUUAUACCAGGGUGUGUCGAAGACUUUGGUCUGGUAUCCCGACAGAAGAGGGAUGUGGAGCGUCUAAACCAAGCUUUAACCAGGCCAAUGUGGUGAGUACGACAACGAUCAGCAAAUCUACUGAGGCCCAGCUCAAAUCACGUCGUAAAGUCGCCAGUAUGCUCAUCGUGGUCGUCAUCGCUUUCGCCAUCUGCUUCUUUCCUUUCCAACUACUCAAUGUUCUCAAGAAACAUAACGCAUUUGGAAAUCUCCGAGAUGCAUCAGCUCAAUACAACGCAGUUUACAUCCCUUACAUCAUAGGGCACCUCAUGGCUUUCAUAAACAGCGCUAUCAACCCAAUCAUCUAUAACUUUAUGAGUGCGAAAUUUCGGCAAGCUUUUAAGUCGAUGUUCGAUUGUUUCCCGUGCUGUCAGUCACCGCGCCGAUCGCAGGCAAUCGACGGUACAUCCGGCCCCGCCUACCGACGCGCAAACAGCACAGGAGUGUCUGAUACGCAUACUACUGAAUACGUACCUAUGACGUCAAUCAGAAAUGGGCGUGGCGUCAAUAACAACAUCUCAGCCAUGUCCAAGGGUGUGUGAAACAACGAAUCAUGAUUAAAGGGAUGCGAUCAUUAGCUGGAAUGAUGCUAGACAUCGGUAUGUGGGAUGUCUUUUUCAUCUGACGAAGAACUAUUCAACAUGUUCAAGAAUGCAGUUCGAAACGUCGAAAACAAGUCGACCUUUCAACUUUUCAAACAGUUAUUUGCUGAACUCUUUCAUAUGAACAAAGAAAGAAAAACAAACAGUCCUUUUUCAGGACAGCGCACACGACACUUCUCCAAAACCAAUCCUACCUAGUUACUCCAGCAAAACUAUGUUGAAAAAAUCAUUAAAAAAACAUUCAUCGGAAAUUUUCAACCGAGAUAAUACUUUCUUCUGAUUUGUGAUACAAGUACAUGAAUAAUUCGUAAGUCAUAAUGUAUCCAAUGCGCGAUGAACGAAUCAGGAAAGCCAACCUUUCUUAAAAAUCGUGGAGAAGGAUAAAAAAAAACCCAAGUGAAACCAAAGAGAGGUUGCAAUAUUGAGUAUUCUUGCCAUUUCACUACACAAUAUAUAAAAAAAAACGGAUGAUAAUGAUGAUGUUAUCACUUAGACUGUAUAUAAUGUGCUUUAUAUGGUUGUGUUGUUGACGUGUGUGUAUUCAAAGUAUUUAUCAGAUGCUAUAAUCAUAUUUUUUAUUACUAUCCUGCAUGUAAAAAGUCACGUUGUAAAAUGAUAUCCAGGUUGUAUUCUAUGUAAAUAAGUCACUACCAUUCGCAAUUACUGUACAGUUGUUCUUUACAUAAUUCAUGUAGACGGAAAGUGAAGUGUUGAGAUAUAGUCUUUUCAUUCACCUUCAAUCAAGUAUCCUCGUUUGUGUACAAAUUGUUAAGAUUCAAUGAUAUGACGCGAUACAUUGUGAUUACUGGUCUGGUGGGUGUUUCAUAAAGCUGUUCGUAAGCGACUAUAAGAACGACUGGUGAUCCUUUCUUACGCGCAAAAACAUCGCCAAUGAAUAUACCAUUCGCCAUAAGAAAGGAUCACCAGUCGUUCUUAAAGUCGCUCUUAACUUACGAACAGCUUUAUGAAACACCCACCAGGUCAUGCAAGUUAACUAGAAAUGCUAAGUAUUAUAAAAUCUUAACCGAUUUGAUUCCCUAUCCCGAUUUCUCUUUCAGUCUGUAAAGUAUAAUUGUAAAUGCCAUGUAAAGUAUAAGUCACUCUCUAAUAGGUGACUUAGUAGGCAAUCUUUCACAUUUGUCUCUAUGCUGAAUGGUAAAACUCAACAAUUGAAAGCAGCAACAUUCCUUGCUGUAAAAUGUGUUGAGGUCCUCUACGUUCGAUGCUAAAAACUUAAGUAUUUAUAUCCAAGAGGACGCAUGGGUACAAAUGCACAAGGGCGGAAAUCUGUCCCCAAAGGUAGGGGGACGAGGGGCUGGAAAAUUUGACAAGCCAAGCAAAAAAAAAAGGUUAUCACCCCAAAUGUCAGGUCAUUUCGACCAAAAUAAAUUUGACAAGCAAAAAAAAAAAAAAGGGGGGGGGGGGGACAUUUGAUAUUGUGUCCAGGCCCCCUACUAUUUUGGGUAGGGGGCCUGGAAUUUCCACCCAUGCAAAUGCAGUGCAGUUAUCCCAUGGAGCUAUUAUGGUUAUCCUGUAUAGGCCAAGUAUUUGGGCCACCUCAAACUUUUUGACUUGUCUGCCGCUCGAUUUUGGAAUGAAAAGUUGUAAAAUUUGAUGCGAAUAUUGAAACAUGGAACAUCUUACUGUGUGAAUUUGUAAAUCAUCAAACGAAUACGUGUUCAAGUCUCAGUGUGACUUUAUACUACCAUUAUGAAUAUAAGCGAUUUGAACAUCUAGUCGUAAUAACGUCUGACAAUCGUAUGAUUGGCUACGAUUUGUGAGUAAUUCAGCCUUUACUCCAAAUGAAGGCUUUAGCUCAUCCAAAAUAGUUUUAACCUGUUACUCCCCAACCCCUCCCCCCCCCAUUUCAGAAAAUAAGCAAAAUACAAUCUGUUCCAAAAUCAGAUCGUGCACCAGUCGUAAGGUAAGCGGGCCUUUAAGGUUUAGGAAUACGACACAGGACCACCUUGUUGUGCAGUAUACAAUUUUCUUAAAAUUCAUUUUUCCUACCAUUCCAGUCCUCGGUAUAAAUUAUGAAUUGGCAUAAAUCGAAACACUGCCGAAUUAUUUUCACAUAAACAAACGUGAUGCUAUUAUAUACUGUUCUGACAGUUAUGUUCUCAUUCUGAUGGUAUAUUGCAAAGUGAUGAAAACGACAUGUAGACCAUACUCUCAAGAAGUGGACUCUAAUGUCCUGUCGACUUGUAAACAUAAUAUGUCGACAUGAUAAGGUCAUAUUCGACUUGACCGUUAAACUUGCUAUCUCACUUUAAGGGGAAUCCAGCCUUGGUCAUAAAAUGUUGUGUUGGAAAGGAGAGAAUAAAUAAAAAAAGUUAUGGCUGUUUUGAAAUUGAGAUCCCUUAGACUAUGUAGAUUUCAAAUUGGCAACUGGGUAAGUAAAUUCUGACAAGGGGCAAGGACAACUUUCUCAUAGGCCAUGUACUUUAUUAUCAGGGAUUUGUGGUUUUCUCCGAAGUACCAAUACCCCUGGGGCAGUAAACUAAGUAUAACCCAGAUAGUACAUUGUUUUAUGUCCCCAUGAAAGAAAAAUAUAAUAUGAAGUAAAACUUUUGAACACCCAACGUGUUAUAGCCAUUUAUGUUUUGGAGUACAUCGAAGAGUCGUCCUUGCCUUACAUCACUAUGACAUCACAUGUGUGGCCAAUUUGAAGUCUCCAUGGGUAUAGUGAUAACCAAUAAUUACAACUUUUCAACAUUCAUAAAUAUCUUAUUGUUUGUCCGAUAUUGUUCAAAUGUUCAUAUAUUACUUUGUCUGAUUUUUCUUUUUCCUCUGAACAAAGUUUUUAUUUGGGUUGGAUUCCCCUUCUUAAAGCUUCGGUAAAUCAGAGUACUUUGGUAAAAGUAUACUUGUAGUAGCUUAGACACUGUUUUGAAGAGGCAUACAGUUGUUGUGAUGUAUGCCUGCCAGAUUUAUCUACCAAUAGUAAUACAGAAUAUGUAAAUAUUUUGCAAUCAUCAAGAAUAUGUAAUAAACGAAACCUUUUAACGUCA